CUCGAGUUGACAUGACUUGACUGAUCUCCGAAGGAAGUUUCAGGAAAUGCAACAGGUGGAGGAGCCGCGGGAAUGAACCGCGUACUGUCCUCUCGGUAGCGUCCCGGGCUAGCUGCCGUGUGUUCUUCAAGGUGCCUGCGGGAGAGUCGGACAGCGGAGCUACUGCGCACUCCUCGUUUUCACUCUGGUGGCACCAUGGAUGACAACAGCCUGAAUGACUCCAACGUAAAGGUCGCUGUUCGCGUGCGUCCAAUGAACCGGAGAGAAAAAGACCUAAAGACAAAGUGCGUGGUGGAGAUGGAGGGGAACCAGACAGUCCUGAAUCCAGCCAUCACCAGCAUCAGCAAAGGAGACCCCCGAAAUCAGCCAAAGGUGUUUGCCUUUGACCACUGCUUCUGGUCGAUAGAUGAAUCUCAGAAGGACAAGUUUGCAGGUCAGGACGUCGUGUUCCAGAGCCUCGGGGAGAGUCUGCUGGACAACGCCUUCAUGGGCUACAAUGCCUGCAUCUUUGCUUACGGACAGACGGGCUCUGGGAAGUCGUACACCAUGAUGGGCUCGGCGGAGCAACCCGGUCUGAUCCCUCGGCUCUGCAGCUCCCUGUUCAGCAGGACCGUGAAGGAGGCGCGGGAGGGGGAGUGCUUCACCGUGGAGGUCUCCUUCAUGGAGAUUUACAACGAGAAGGUCCGAGACCUGCUCGACCCCAAAGGAAACCGGCAAGCGCUGAGAGUGAGAGAGCACAAAGUCUUGGGUCCUUACGUCGACGGCCUGUCCCGCCUGGCCGUGGCCUGCUACAAGGACAUCGAGUCGCUGAUGUCGGAGGGAAACAAAUCUCGCACGGUGGCCGCCACGAAUAUGAAUGAGGAGAGCAGCAGGUCCCACGCGGUGUUCAACAUCAUCCUCACACACACACUCAUGGACCUGCGGUCUGAGACGAGCGGAGAGAAGGUCAGCAAGCUGAGUUUGGUGGAUCUGGCCGGCAGCGAGCGGGCGGGGAAGACCGGAGCGGUGGGGGAGCGUCUGAAGGAAGGGAGCAACAUAAAUAAGUCCCUCAGUACUCUGGGUUUAGUGAUCUCUGCCUUGGCCGACCAGGGAGCGGGGAAGUACAAGAGCAAGUUUGUUCCCUACAGAGACUCUGUGCUCACCUGGCUGCUCAAGGACAGCCUGGGGGGGAACAGCCGCACGGCCAUGUUGGCCACCAUCAGCCCCUCGGCCGACAACUACGACGAGACGCUUUCCACGCUGCGCUACGCCGACCGGGCCAAGAGCAUCGUCAACCACGCCGUGGUCAACGAGGACCCCAACGCCAGGAUCAUCCGAGAGCUCCGGGAGGAGGUGGAGAAGCUGAAGGAGCAGCUCAUGGAGGCCGAGUCCAUGAAGGCGCCCGAGCUGAAGGACCGGCUGGAGGAGUCUGAGAAACUGAUCCAAGAGAUGACCGUGACCUGGGAGGAUAAGCUCACCAAGACGGAGGCCAUUGCACAGGAGCGGCAGCGGCAGCUGGAGAGCCUGGGCAUCUCCCUGCAGUCCUCUGGAAUCAGAGUGGUGGAUGACAAGUGUUUCCUGGUCAACCUCAACGCUGACCCCGCCCUCAACGAGCUGCUGGUCUACUACCUGAAGGAACACACGCUGGUGGGCUCGGCCAACUCACAGGACAUCCAGCUGUGCGGCAUGGCCAUCCAAUCAGAGCACUGCGUCAUCGACAUUGGCGAGGACGACGACGGCGUGGUGCUCAGUCCUCACCGCAACGCUCGAACCUGUGUGAACGGUGCUGCCGUCUCCAGUCCAGUGCAGCUUCACCACGGCGACCGCAUCCUGUGGGGAAACAACCACUUCUUCAGGAUCACCCUGCCGAAGCACAUGGUCCACGAGGAGGGCGGCGCCGCGGCGAUGAAGACGUGCCUGAGCUCCGACCGGCUGGAGGCCGACUUCGACGCGGCCAGCGACGCGUCGAGCGACCUGAGUUUCGGCUACGAGUUCGCUCAGGCAGAAGUCAUGAUGAAGGGCAUGGGCAACAACGACCCGUUGCAGUCGGUGUUGCAGACCCUGGAGAGGCAGCACGAGGAGGAGAAGCGCUGCGCCCUGGAGCGCCAGAGGCACAUGUACGAACAGGAGCUGCAGCAGCUCCGCCGGAGGCUCACCCCAGAGAAACCCUCCCGCCUCCUGGAGCCGGUGGCGGCCGGUGCGGCGGCGGCGCCCAGCUCCCAAAAGCGAGUGCGGCGCUGGAGCGAGGAGAGAGAGGCGAUGAUGACUCGCAGCCUGCGGCGCCUGAGGGAGCAGAUCGUUCGGGCCAACCUGCUGGCACAGGAGGCCGGCUUCAUCGCCGAGGAGCUGAGCAAGAGGACGGAGUACCUGGUCACCCUGCAGAUACCGGCCGCCAACCUGGACGCCAACAGGAAGCGCGAUGUGGUGUUGAGUGAGCCGGCCAUCCAGCUGCGCCGUAAAAGUAAAGGGAAGCAGAUCUGGGCUCUGGAAAAGAUGGAGAACCGACUGGUGGACAUGAGGGAGCUCUACCAGGAGUGGAAGGACUUUGACGAAGACAACCCUGUGAUGCGAUCCUAUUUCAAACGCGCCGACCCGUUCUUCGACGAGCAGGAGAACCACAGUCUGAUCGGGGUGGCCAACGUGUUCCUGGCGUGCCUCUUCCACGACGUCAAGCUGCAGUACGCCGUGCCCAUCAUCAACCAGAAGGGCGAGGUGGCAGGGCGGCUCCACGUGGAGGUGUGGCGGGGGACGGAGGGCUCCGAGGACCAGCAGCGUCCAGGACCGGCCGACGCAGACGGAGACCAGCAGGAGCGCCGACUGCACUGCGUGGUAAAAAUCCUCCACGCCAACGGGCUGCCUCGCCACCUGUCCAACUUCGUCUUCUGCCAGUACCACUUCUGGGGGGAGGAGGAGUCCGUCUUCAUCGCCCCAGAGAUGCAGCCGGCCAGCUCGUCCUCCUCCUCCAGAGACCCUCAGUGCACCGUGGUCUUCGACAGCGCCAAGGAGCUGUCUGUGCCCGUGUCGGAGGACUUCAUGGAAUAUUUGGCAGAGGGGGCGGUGGCCAUCGAAGUGUACGGCCACAAGCUGGCCAACCAUCGCAGGAACCUGGCGCUGUGGGACCUGGGCGUGAUCCAGGCCAAGACCCGAACCCUCAGAGAAAGGUGGAGCGAGGUGACCCGCCACCUGGAGCUGUGGGUGCAGCUGAUGGAGCUGAACGAGGCCGGAGAGUUCACGGCCGUUGAGGUUCUUCCCGCCAAAGACGUUUGCACGGGAGGAGUCUUCCAGCUCCGACAGGGUCAGUCCCGUCGGGUCCAGGUGGAGGUCCGCUCGGUACCAGACUCCGGCACCAUGCCCCUCAUCGCCGCCUCCAUCCUCUCCGUGUCCAUCGGGGACGUCAAGGUCCGGCAGGUUUCCAAAAGAAGCGGAUCCCAUUGGGCUGGCGAUGAAGACAUGGACAGCUACCAAGAGGUCGAACUGGAGAGGAUGAGGGAACACUGGCUGCUCACGCUCACCCAGAGGCAGGAGUAUCUGGACCAGCAUCUGCAGAAGAUAGUUUGCAAACCAGAUAAGUCCGAGGACGAUGUAGAGCGGGAGUCCCAGCUGCUGGAGUGUCGCCUCACGCUAACCGAAGAACGCAACGCUGUCCUGGUGCCGUCGGCGGGCAGCGGGAUCCCCGGAGCGCCGGUGGAGAGGGUUCCGGUCCCUGGGAUGGAAACGCACAUUCCGGUCCUGUUCCUGGACCUCAGCGCUGAUGAUUUCCAGUCCAGCCUGUCGGCGCCGUUGGCCGGCGGGCUGGACGCGCUGCUCGGCGGGGAGGAAGACGAGGACGACUUCUUUGACCUUCAUCUCGUGAAACACUACGAUCCAGAGGUGAAGGCGGAGGCCUCCUGGGACUCCACGGUCCACGAGUGCCCCCAUCUGAGCCGCGUGUCGUCGGCCGACCAGCGGGUCUACCUGACGGUCAGCGCCGUGGUCCAGCUGAGCCACCCGGCCCACAUGCAGCUGGUGCUCCGGAAACGCGUCUGCGUCAACGUCACCGGGAGACAGGGUUUCGCUCAGAGCCUCCUGAAGAGGAUGUCUCAGCGCAGCACCAUCCCCGGCUGCGGAGUCACCUUCGAGAUCGUUUCUAACAUCCCGGGGGACAUCCACGGCCCAGAGGACAGGGAGAUGCUGGCCCGGCUGGCCGCCAGCACCGAGGACGACCAGUCGGCCGAAAGCGAGGCGGCCAUCGAGAAAUACCUGCGCAGCGUUCUGGCCGUGGAGAACAUCCUCACGCUGGACCGACUCCGGCAGGAGGUGGCUGUGAGGGAACAGCUGGGCGUCAGAGGCAAAGCGUCCAGGCGCUGCCUGAGCUCUCCAAACAUCAACCGGCUGUCAGCCAGCAGUCUGGAUCUCUCCUCCUCUUCUCACCGGCUCAAUGACUUCAAGGGCUGGGAGAGCCACCCGGACCUUUCAUCUCGACGCACCCUGCCCAGCUCCUUCUGGCAGAACCUGAACCCGGUCCCAGAGACGGUGAAGGCCGACCCCAAGCUGCUUCCCGGUGGGAGGCAAGACGGUCGGGAGCAGACGGCUCAUCAUCAUCAUCAUCAUCAUCCUCCUCAUCAGCAGAGUGUGCCUUGCAUCGUCGUGCAGUCGGCCAGCGUCAAAGAGGGCCGGAGCAAACAGACGAUUCCCAUUGACGAAAUCAUUCCUCCCGAUUUCCAAACCGAGCCCCUCCCACCGCCGAUCGUCCCGGAGACGGAAGACUCCGCCCCCGGCCCGGCGAGCGGCUACGCGUCGACGGGCCUGUCGGCGGCGGCGCUGUCGGACAUCUACACGCUGAGCUGGGACCUGCCCGCGUCGUCCGGCGGCAGAACCAACGGCUUUGAGGCGCUGCUGGACGAAGAGGAGGGAGAAGAUGAAGACGUGACGCAAUACGACUCCUACUCCGAGUUUCUUCGCGUGGACCAAUCGGAGCCUCGGGAGUCACAGCCGGUCUUUGACGACGAGACGGCCAAAGAGAGGUCCGACUCGUCAGAAGCAGACGGUACGCCGUCGGAUCCCGACCGGGGUCCAGAUCCUGAUCGGCCCGCGGCGGUCCAGUUGAUGGAGCGAGCCGAUCUGGACUCGGGAUCAGAUUUAAUGUGCCAAACCAAACACAAGCAAGACUCCACCAUCAGCCGGAUGGUACCAGAACUAUUAGACGACACAGAACCAGUUAAAGAGUCCGUGUUGGUACAAGAGAGAGAAACCGAGCAGCCGGAAUGUUCACAAACGGAUGCCCCAGAACCAGAACCCCCUCUGACGGAAGAACUCCAGCUAGCUGCCACGGACGAGCCACAAGUUGAACCGUCUGCGCGAGAAGUUCAAAGCGGGUCUGAACCAGUCAACCCACAGCAGCCCGAACGGGACCAAACGCCCUUCGACAGCGCUCCAGAUGUGGUCCCGGUAGCGGCCCCGGUCCCAUUAGCGGUCCCGGUAGCGGUCCCGGUAGUGGUAGCGGCCCUGGUAGCGGUAGCGGCCCCGGUCCCAGUAGUGGUAGCGGUCCCGGUAGCGGUCCCAUUAGCGGUCCCGGUAGUGGUCCCGGUCCCAGUAGUGGUAGCGGUCCCGGUAGCGGUCCCGGUAGCGUCCGAAGUCUCGGUUCCAGCGCCAACCCCAUCGGAAGAGCUGGUUCUUCCAGCUCCGCCUAAAGAGGAAGCCGCUCCCGAGGCCUCAAACCCGAGUGGCGUCUCCACGGCGACGUCAUCCUCAACCACAGAAGUCCAACAGGAAACACCGACCAGCGCAUCGAAGGAAGCUCCUCCUCUUCCUCCCAGUGUUCAGACCCUCAAACCGGACGCCUCCGUGGCAAACCCCUUCAAGAUCCAGAAAGUGAAGUCUGCGGACCUCAAGUCCUUCCAGCGUAUUGUGGGCCAGGAGGCGGAGCAGGAGGCGGAGCCGGAGCGGGCCAGCAGCCUCGGGUCCGACCUGAACCUCUCGGUGCCGCUGGAAACCCUGGAAAUCAUCUCCGACUCGGAGGAAGGAGACACGGUUCUCCCCGACUGGCUGAAAGAAGGAGAGUUUGUGACCGUGGGGAGCAACAAGAGCGGCACCGUCCGCUACGUCGGACCCGCGGAUUUUGCCGACGGCGUCUGGGUCGGCGUGGAGCUGGAGGUGCCGGCAGGAAAGAACGACGGCUCGGUGGCGGGCAAACACUACUUCCACUGUAACCCCGGUUACGGCGUGCUGGUGCGGCCGCACCGGGUCAGCCGGGCCGGCGGCAGCGGGGGCGCCAAGUGGCGGCGCCAGCAGCAGAAGCGGCGCACCGCCAACCUGUCGGGCUCCAGCCCCAACCUGGCGGCGCUCACCGCUCUGGCCAAAGGCGGCGAGGGGGGCGGGGCUUCGAGCGGCCGGCAGAAAGGAGAGGACCGCAAGUCGUGGAACAGUUGAGUCCGCUGCGGGACUCCCAGCAUGCAUCAGCUGGUCCACGUGGUUACAGGGUACGCUUUGAGAUGGGGACGACGUGAGUUCUGUACGUCUGGGCGGUUGGGAGAAAACCUGUUUGCUUUUUUGGGGGUUUUAUCGGAAAAUGUUUUUUUAUUUUUUUAAUUGCCCGUCGAUGCAGCGAACGCCGUUUUCUCAGUAAUUAAUUUCAAAAGCGCCGUCUCAAAAAUCAUCACGUUCUUUUAAAUGUAUUAUUACACUGGCCAAGCAAUAACUCAUGACGUAUCACACAGCUGCACGCGGGACGCUUCCGAUUGACCUAACGGCGUUUAUACCUCUCGUGCCUUGAAAUAUAACGACGCCUUCGUGCCUGCGGGUUAAACCCCGAGCUGCGUCUGACAGGCUGGAAACUGUUUUUAACUGGAGUUUCUUUUGGGCUCUUGAAUGUGUCUACUGUUUUAGCAACCAAAAACAAACCUUGCACUCACUUUUCUGUCAUUCUACUGAAAUCUUUGCAGUAUUUUUAAUCAACUUGUGUCAAAAUUGAUUUUAAUUUACUUUAAAUGGAGAAAAAAUGUCACAAGCGAGUUUUGAAUUGUGCCGUGUGCGUGGGGGGCGAGUGAUCAUGUUGGAAAGAAUUAGGAUUCAUUUGUGUAGUAAAGUAGAUAUUUUGUUACUAUGCCUGAAUGCUUAUUUAUUGAAUGAUGAAGACACGAUAUCAAUGGUGAAAAUCAAAAAUCACCUUUUUAUAUGAAAUAAAUCUCAUUCUGCUCCAA